CUGUCUUUGAGCUAUUUAAGUGGGUAGUUCCUUCGGUUUUUUCUAUUAAUCAUCUCUUGCAACGAAUAAAACAAAAUCAUGGCGGUAUCUACAGAAGUGCACCAAAAUCUUCAACAACAACAGCAACAAAAGGAACCUAAGCAGAGCCACCCAGGCUUGUUCAAGAUUGUUCGACAAGGUCCACCAGAGGCGUUUUCCAGCAAACUUGUCACCGAGCGACCGUUUGAAAAGGGUGCAGUGAUUGUUAAUCUCACAGGUCUGACACCUGGGCCGAAGCGUUACUCUUCAGUGCAGAUUUCAGAGAAUGAUCACAUUGAACUGAACAGCGAUUUGCUGUACAUGAAUCACUCGUGCGAUCCAUCCGUCGAUGUGGACGUGAGCGCUGAGCGCAGAGCGAUCAUCGCUCUCAAAGAACUAAAAGCCGGCGAUGAGAUGACCUUUUUCUAUCCCUCCACUGAAUGGGAUAUGGCGCAACCUUUUACUUGCUGGUGCGGCGCUGACAAGUGCAUCAAAACAGUGAAAGGAGCUCGAUACAUCGAUACCGAAAUCCUUCAGCAGUUCCAAUUGAGCCAACAUAUCAAAGACCUCACUCAGAGACGGGACGCAUAAUGUCCUCUCUUCCGACAUUGUCAAAUAUAACCGUGUAAUAAAAAGAAAUAAAAUAAGUACUGUCCUCGUUCCUGAACAAUAUCGGGCCC